AUGGCUGUCACAUUAACGCACCGAGAGGUAGCUUCGGGGAUCCUGGGUUCGAUAUCUCUUGCUUGCUGGAUAUUUCUCCUGGUCCCCCAAUUAAUCGAGAACUACAAGAAUGGCAGUGCCAAAGCCAUAUCUUUCGCCUUUAUUCUCGUUUGGUUUAUUGGAGAUAUUGCAAACUUGAUAGGAGCUCUGUGGGCUAAGCUGGUGCCCGUGGUGGUAGCCAUAGCCAUAUACUUCUGCAUUGCGGACGGAGUGUUGAUAUGCCAGUGCAUAUACUACAACGAGAAAAUCUCACGGGAGAUGGAGAGACGGAUUUCGAGUCAUACAGCGCAUGAAGAUGAUGGAAUCCAGGUUCCCCAGCCAACGACACCACUAUUAAGUCGACGGAUGAGCGAGAAUCUUGGGCAAAGCGGACGAAGGAGGCUUGAUGGAAACUCGCUCAACCGUGACCCCUUGGCAAAGAUGCUGGCAGAGGACGAGCCAAAAAGCACUUGGGCUAAGAAUAUACUGAGCCUACUGGGAAUUUGCACUGCGGGUAUUGCUGGCUGGGUAAUCGCAUGGAAGACGGUUGUAUGGCAACCGACUCCUACCCAACCCAUCAAGGGGCCAGUUGAGAUGGCUGCGGGAGCGCAGGUCGCUGGGUAUCUCAGUGCAUUGUGCUAUCUAGGUGCUCGAAUUCCACAGAUUAUCAAGAAUUACAAAGAGAAGUCGUGCGAAGGACUCUCCCUUUUAUUCUUCGUGUUUUCUUUACUUGGCAACGCUACGUAUGGAGCAGGGAUUCUAUUUCAUUCUACGGAAAGAGAAUACAUUUUGACCAACCUGCCGUGGCUCCUAGGUUCGCUAGGUACCAUUGCCGAAGAUAUUAUUAUUUUUGCGCAGUUCCGAAUAUACACAGCUCAGGAGCCGGCGUCUUUGGCAGUAGCCUAG